AUGUCAGGGAAGCAACUAACCCUCUUCGUCACCUUGAAAAUCAAACCUUCACUCAUUGAAGAAUUCAAAGCGGCCCACCGCCCAGUCUGGGCCGCGUGCGCGAAAGAGCCAGAAUGCCUUUUCUUUGAUGUCUUCCAAGACCCGGCGGAACCAGACAAGUUCAGAUUUGUUGAAGUCUAG